AUGGCUGAGAGCCAUCCCCCUAAGUUUGGAGCACCUUAUGGGCGUAUACCAUACUGGCGGUUGUUGACCGACCAAGGGGUAAUCACUCAAGAGAUUCUCGAAUACGAAUAUAUUGGCACUGGCACCGACCUAGACCCUUAUGCAGUGUCAUGGAUCCCAAACGACCCUCGAAACCCACUGCUUUUCGGCACAGCAAAGAAGGUGACUAUCACUUUAGCUGUCGCGUUCUCCACGUUGAUUGUGUCCUUGACGUCCUCAGCCUAUAGUGGCAGCAUGCGCCAAAUCGAGAACCAUUUCCAGGUUAGCACUGAAGUAGCCACCAUCGGCCUCUCUUUGUUUGUGUUGGGAUUCGCUAUCGGGCCCUUGUUCUGGGCUCCAGUGGGCGAGACACUUGGGCGACAAAUACCCUUCUUCAUCAGUACCGGCAGCAUGGCCAUCUUUACAGCAGGCUGCGCCGGGGCCAGGAACAUCGAAACCCUUCUUAUCCUCCGUUUCCUAGCAGGCGCCUUUGGUUCCUCCCCAUUUACCAAUGGCGGCGGUACCAUCUCUGAUAUGUUCACGGCCCGACAGCGCGCAUUGGCUAUCAGUCUCUAUGCCGCCGCCCCCUUUCUAGGACCUUGCCUAGGUCCUAUCAUUGGAGGCUUCCUAAGCAUGAACGCCGGGUGGCGAUGGGUAGAAGGCUUCCUUGCAGCGACGGCUGGCCUGGUAUGGCUGAUCAUCACCGUAGCAGUGCCGGAAACCUAUGCGCCCGUCCUUCUACGUCGACGUGCUGAAACCUUAUCGCGCGUUACGGGCAAAGUAUACCGCAGCAAGGCCGAUCUGAGCAAAGGAAGACUGUCGUUACCCAAACUUCUGUCAAACGCAAUGUCGCGGCCGUUAUUAUUCCUCUUUCGCGAGCCGGUUGUACAACUCUUCUCGAUCUACAGUGCCAUCGUCUAUGGCACCCUCUAUAUGCUGUUUUCCGCCUUUCCAAUUGUCUACGAAGAAGGAAGAGGGUGGAACCAAGGUGUGGGCGGACUAGCCUUCCUCGGUGUUAUGAUCGGGAUCAUGUUAGGCAUUUUAACGACAAUUCCGGGUAAUAAAAUGUACCAGCGCGUACAAGAUUCCAACGGAGGAUAUGCGCCUCCAGAAGCCCGUCUACCAGGCAUGAUGCUCGCCGCAAUCGUCACGCCUGCCGGGCUGUUUUGGUUUGCGUGGACUAACUCGCCGUCGAUCCACUGGAGUGUGAGUAUCAUUGCCGUUGCGCCAUUUGGAUUUGGUGUGGUCUUGAUCUAUUUGGGGGUCAUGAACUAUCUCAUUGACUCCUACACCAUCUACGCUGCAUCGGUGUUGGCCGCUAAUGCCAUCCUACGUUCUAUUUUCGGUGCCGUCUUUCCCCUUUUCACCAAUUACAUGUACCAAAAUCUUGGUAUUCAUUGGGCGUCUUGUAUUCCGGCUUUUCUUGCCGUCUUGUGCAUGCCGGCUCCUUUUCUGUUUUACAAGUACGGACCGGCGAUCCGUGCUCGUUGCAAAUACUCUGCUAAGUCUCAGUUAUAUAUGGAAAAGCUGCAUGCAAGUGCAGCUUCCUAA